CCGGGCUGACCCUCGUUCCCUCUCCUCCCCGCCCCCGGCGGCGGCGGCUGCUGUUGUCACCCACCGGGCCGCCUGUCCCGCUUGCCCUCCCCGCCGCGGGGCUUGCCGGGCCGGCCGGGCCGGGACAGGCGGCCGUCUCCUCUCUGCCGCCACCGCCGCCAUGCUGGCCGCUCGCCCACCCCACUGGGGGCCCCACCGCGCCCCAGCCCCCCGUGGGCCCCGCGCCAGCCCUGACCCGGGUCUCAGCGGCGGUGGCAGCCGAGGUGCAGGAUGCGAGAAGGCGCCCCCCGGCCGGGCUCCCGCUCCAGGCCUCGCUCCCCUGCGGCCCUCUGAGCCCACCAUGGCCGUUCCACCAGGCCAUGGUCCCUUCUCUGGCUUCCCGGGGCCCCAGGAGCACACGCAGGUAUUGCCUGAUGUGCGGCUCUUGCCACGGAGGCUGCCCCUGGCCUUCCGGGACGCGACCUCAGCUCCGCUGCGCAAACUCUCCGUGGACCUCAUCAAGACCUACAAGCACAUCAAUGAGGUAUACUAUGCGAAGAAGAAGCGGCGGGCCCAGCAGGCACCACCUCAGGACUCGAGCACCAAGAAGGAGAAGAAGGUCCUGAAUCAUGGUUAUGAUGACGACAACCACGACUACAUUGUGCGCAGCGGCGAGCGCUGGCUGGAGCGCUACGAGAUUGACUCACUCAUCGGCAAAGGCUCCUUUGGCCAGGUGGUGAAAGCCUAUGAUCAUCAGACCCAGGAGCUGGUGGCCAUCAAGAUCAUCAAGAACAAAAAGGCCUUCCUGAACCAGGCCCAGAUUGAGCUGCGGCUGCUGGAGCUGAUGAACCAGCAUGACACGGAGAUGAAGUACUACAUAGUGCACCUGAAACGGCACUUCAUGUUCCGGAACCACCUGUGCCUGGUGUUCGAGCUGCUUUCCUACAACCUGUACGACCUCCUGCGCAACACGCAUUUCCGCGGCGUCUCGCUGAACCUGACGCGGAAGCUGGCGCAGCAGCUCUGCACAGCGCUGCUCUUCCUGGCCACGCCUGAGCUCAGCAUCAUUCACUGCGACCUCAAGCCCGAGAACAUCCUGCUCUGCAACCCCAAGCGCAGCGCCAUCAAGAUCGUGGACUUUGGCAGCUCCUGCCAGCUUGGCCAGCGGAUCUAUCAGUACAUCCAGAGCCGCUUCUACCGGUCGCCUGAGGUGCUCCUGGGUACACCCUACGACCUGGCCAUUGACAUGUGGUCCCUGGGCUGCAUCCUGGUGGAGAUGCACACCGGAGAGCCCCUCUUCAGUGGCUCCAAUGAGGUGGACCAGAUGAACCGGAUAGUGGAGGUGCUGGGCAUCCCACCAGCCCCCAUGCUGGACCAGGCACCCAAGGCUCGCAAGUACUUUGAACGGCUGCCUGGGGGUGGCUGGACCCUACGAAGGACAAAGGAACUCAGGAAGGAUUACCAGGGCCCCGGGACACGGCGGCUGCAGGAGGUGCUGGGCGUGCAGACGGGCGGGCCCGGGGGCCGGCGGGCGGGGGAGCCGGGCCACAGCCCCGCCGACUACCUCCGCUUCCAGGACCUGGUGCUGCGCAUGCUGGAGUAUGAGCCCGCCGCCCGUAUCAGCCCACUGGGGGCUCUGCAGCACGGCUUCUUCCGCCGCACGGCUGAUGAGGCCACCAACACGGGCCCGGCAGGCAGCAGUGCCUCCACCUCGCCCGCACCCCUUGACACCUGUCCCUCCUCCAGCACCGCCAGCUCCAUCUCCAGCUCUGGAGGCUCCAGUGGCUCCUCCAGUGACAACCGGACCUACCGAUACAGCAACCGAUAUUGUGGGGGCCCUGGGCCCCCCAUCACUGACUGUGAGAUGAACAGCCCCCAGGUCCCACCCUCCCAGCCGCUGCGCCCCUGGGCAGGGGGUGAUGUGCCCCACAAGACACAUCAGGCCCCUGCCUCCGCCUCGUCACUGCCAGGGGCCGGGGCCCAGUUAUCCCCACAACCCCGAUGCCUUGGCCGUCCCCCGUCACCAACCUCACCACCACCCCCGGAGCUGAUGGAUGUGAGCCUGGUGGGCGGCCCUCCAGACUGCUCCCCACCUCACCCAGCGCCUGCCCCCCAGCACCCGGCUGCCUCAGCCCUCCGGACUCGGAUGACAGGAGGUCGUCCACCCCUCCCACCCCCUGAUAACCCUGCCACUCUGGGGCCUCGCUUGGGCCUCCGUGGUGUACCCCAGAGCACGGCAGCCAGCUCAUGACCCAGCCCCCUCCCUGGGGCCCCUCCUGAAGCCAUACCCCCCAUCUGGGGGCCCUGGGCUCCCAUCCUCAUCUCUCCCCUUGACUGGAAUUGCUGCUACCCAGCUGGGGUGGGUGAGGCCUGCACUGAUUGGGGCCUGGGGCAGGGGGUCAAGGAGAGGGGUCUAGGCGCACCCUCCCCAUAAGGACUGGACCCUUAGCCCCCUCUCCCCCCCCUUGUUUUCUAUUUAUUGUACCAAAGACAGUGGUGGUCCAGUGUCGGGGGGAGACCCCCUUCACCCUCGGGCCCUAGGAGGGGGUGGGGGCAGGUAGGGGGAGAUGGCCUUGCUCCUCCUUGCUGUACCCCCCAGUAAAGAGCUUUCUCACAUGCCUGCCUGAGCGUUUGCAGGGCCUCGGCUCCCUCACCUGGCCCUCAGAGGCAUGGUGGGGAAUGGUGUUUGGGGAGGGGGUACCAGAAGAGCUUUGUCAUGUGGGAUGCGUCCCUGGGGAAGUUAUGGCUGUUGGCGCAGACAUGGGGCUGCAGAAGGUCUGGGGCUACGGAAUCCUAGACAGAGAUCCUGGAUAGGAUCCUAGCCCACGUUUGUCUUUUCCAUGGUAAACAGAGACCCUGAAAGAGUAAAGGCCCAGUUCUGGCCUGUCUCUGGAAAAUAUCAGGAUCUGCCCUAAUAAGCCAGGGCUUCCACAGAGUCUGCAGGGGCGUGGCUCUUUAUGCCAGGCAGGCAUCUAGCAGGUGCUGAAUGCAUGUAGCAGGCCUUACUGGUGCCAUCUGGGGGAUGGCAGGCAGGCAGUGGGUACAGACUUUACCCCCAACGUCUGGUCUCACCCUGUGGAGCCAUGACGGAGAAAAGCAUUUUGAGAUUCUCGGGCAGAAAGAUAUUACCGGGGUUCCAGGUAAGUGGGUCUCUUUCCAUAGCAAUCUGGAAACUUUUGUCUCCCAACUGGCCAAACAAGAGCCUCCUGAUUCGAAGGUACCUACCAUCUCCCGCCACUGGGGCGCGGUGCUUCCUGGGAAAUGGAGUUCUACGUAGCAGUCCCUUUUGCCGUUUUUCGUCAGAGGACUACAAAGACCAGGAUUCUUUUCGCUCACGAGUUAGGGACGGGCUCCCGGGGGGCCAAUAGGCAUUCAGAGAGGGAUGGGUGUGCCCGGAUGCUUAGAGGCGAGCUAUGGAGGAGAAGAAGGCCGUGAUUGGGUAGCGUCGGCAAGGCUGUGCGCGAGUGUUGAGUUCUUUCAGGCGUGCGGCCGGUGGGCGAAGGUGCUGCUCCGCGAGACCGUGCAGGUUAGGUGUCUGUGGUCACAGAGCAAGAGGUAGGCGCUGAGGCCCAAAGCGGCCCUAACGCGCGGAGCAUCACUAGCCGCGGUGUCCGCCUCAGCUCGCAGGAAGCCCCGGUUGGUAGGAGAGCCAGGCGGGGAGAGCAGAUGUUCGGGAAAGGGGGCAGAGGGAACCCAGGCGAGGCACCGGUCGGGGAGCAUUCUGGGAGGAGCAGGAGCUGUCGGCGCUGAGACCUGGAGACAGGAUGUUUGCGGUGGCCGUGGUGCGGUGGUUUGCGCACAGGCAGCGAUGAGAAGCAGCCUGUUGUGUGAAUGUGAACUGCGGGAGAUGUAGUGUAGGAGAUCUAAUGGGAAGUUCUGUGUGAAUUCGAUCGCGGAAGAUUUUGUUGGCCAUUUAGGGAGCUUAGGCUUUGUCCUGAGGGCAUUGAGGAGCCACGGGAGGAUUUGUAGAAGGGAAGGGGCAUGGCCCAUUUACUGCCAUCGAGGAAUAGAUUGAUGGAAAAGAGACUGGGGUCUGGGAGCCCAGGGUGGUGGUUGUGGCAACAUCCUGGGCAGAAGGUGUUGGGAAUGAACCAGGGCAGGAGUCUUGGUUGGGACAGAAGAAAGGGUAUGUGUAGGAGAGAUGUCUAGAAGGCUGAGCUGACAGGAUAUAUGGCUUACAGGCUGUGUGGAAAGGGGAGGUAGAGAGAGGCAGGGAAAAAGUUAUCUCCAGCAGGUCGAAGAGAGCCUGGCGUAUGGUAGAUGCUUAAUUUAAAAAAAAAUUUUUUUUUGAAUGAGCACAGGAGGCAGAUGCUAUUAUGAUCUCCCUUUUGUAAACAAAGAUACUGAGGGCAGAUAAAGUUAAGUAAAUUACCCACGAUCACAUAGCUAGCAAAUGGAAGGCCCAGGAUUGUGUGUGUGUGUGAGAGAGAGAGAGAGACAGACAGAAGGAGGGAGAGAAAGAGAGAGAACCAUUAACUUAGCAAGAUGCGGGAUGAACUUUGAGACAUCAGCAGGGUCCAGAUCAUGUAGGUCCCUUAAGGAAUUUAGGAUAAGCAUGGAAAUGUAUGUCCCACAUUUCAGUUUCAAGCCCAGAACGUCUCCCUGACCUGCAGACUGACUGCCCACAUGAUAUCUCUUCUCUCAAGAUAUCUGUAGUUCUCUGGAGACCUGUCUUGACCAAACCGAACUCUGGUCUUUUCCGCAAAACCUGUUGUCCCACAGUAAGUGCUGCCUCCAUUGUCUUAUACUAAUGUCUGGUCCAUCAGCAAAGUAUACUCAGAACCUGACCAUUUCUUCCCACCUCCACUCUUGUCACCCUGGUCCUGUCCACUCUUAUGGCCUGCCUGCACCAUCACAACAGCCUCCUCAGUGGUUUUCGCGCUCCCCACAGUCUGUUUCUCAUAUGCAGCCAGCGGGACACUGAAUACCUAUAUCAGGGUGCAUUUCUCUCCUGUCCAGUACCCUCUUGUGGCUCUGUCUCACACAGGAAUUGCCAGUGUUCUUUCCAUGGCCUUUGCAAGGCCCUGCAUGAUCCAACCCUGUUACCUCUCUACCUGUUCCUUUUACCCUGCUCACUCUGCUCCAGCCACUCUCGCCUCAGGGCCUUUGCACUUAUUCCCUUUACCUGGAACACUAGUAGAGACUCAUGUUCAUCUCCUUUUAGGUCUUUACUCAGAUAUCAUCUUCUCUCUGAGAACUUCCCUGGCCACCGUUCUAGAAUUAUAUAACUGACAUUUGUAUAUGUGCUGCCCAAGCGAGCACUAUAACUGACAUUUGUAUAUUAACUUCUCUUUAACUCUUCCUUAGGAUUAAUCACAUCACUAUUUAACUCACUGUAUAAGUUAUUUAUCGUGAUCAUUGUUUCUCUGUUCUCUGUACCCACAGCAGACCAUAAGCUUCAUGAGGACAGGGGCUUUUGUCUACUUCCUGCUUUAUCUUUAGCAUCUAAAAGUGCUCCUGGCACAUAGUCUGGGCUCAGUAACUGUUUACUGAAAGGAUGGUUCAGUGGGUGCUUUCAAGACACAGAUCCUAAUCCAAUGUGCUAGGGACUCUGUCCAUCCCUUUUCCACAGGACUUUAGAGGACUGCCUUAAAGUUUUCUGAUGUCUUAGACAUUUGACAAGUAUUUCGUCUUGCCUUGCUCCAUGCUCAGCAUCGGGAACACAGCAGAGAACAAAACAGUUUCCCUGUCCCAGGAGAGUUCAGUCUCAGGGGUGGGGGUUCAUAUCCUCAGCUAAUCCCACAGAUAGGAAAUUACAAAGAAAGUUAGUGCCAUAGGAGCACUUGGCCAGAAAUCUAAUCUGGACCCUAGGAAGUGGGGUUCAAGUGAUGAAGGUGUAGGCACUAAGGUGCUCCAUUUAGGGGUAAAAGUGUGAGGAUGCCUGGGUGGCGCAGUUAAGUGUCCAACUCUUGGUUUUGGCUUAGGUCAUGGUCUCAGGGUCCUGAGAUCAAGCCCCACCCACAUUGUACUCUGUGCACAGCAUUGGGUCUGCUUGUUCCUCCCCCUCUGCUCUUCCACCCCGUUCUCAUAAAUAAAGUCUUUUAAAAAAUAAAGAGGUGAGAGAGAGAGAGUGUGUGUGUGGGUGGGUGCACGUGCGUGUGUAUUGAUUGGAACCUAGAGGCUGAGGGGGAGCAAGAGGCCAGGUCAUGUAGCCCCCGUAAGGAAUUUGGGUCCUUACCCCAUGUAUAGUGGGAAGUCACUGAAGGGUUUUAAGGCGUGAGAGGAGAUGCAGUCAGUCUUGUAUAUCCGCGAUCCCUCUGGCUGUCGUGCGGGUGAACUGACAAUAAGGAGUUGAGUAUUGAAGAAGUGAGACCAGUGACAAGGCGGCUGUCCUGCGAUUUAAAAGGCUGCCACUGCAGAAGGCCACACAUUCUUUGCUAUUUCUCCCAUCAGGAGGUGGAGCGUCUUCCUCGUCUUUCAUGUAAACUGGCCUGUAAUUUGUUUUGACCAGUAGAAUGCCAUGGAAGUGAUGUUGUGCUGGGUAGGUCCUUAAGAGGCCAGCAGCUUCUGCUUUCCCUCUCUUGGGGCCCUGGGCUGCUGUACAGAGAAGUCCAGCUACUCCGCUGGAGGGAGACAUGGAGACAGACAUGGAUAGAGAGAGGUCCAGCCAGCCCCUAGCGGCUCCGCUGUGUUGGCUGACGGGCCAGACACGAGUGAUGCCAUCUCGGAUAUUUUCACCCAGCUCCCAGCUGACGCCCUGUAGAAUAGAGCUUCGCCUUGCCCUCUCCGCUUUGCUCAAGGUACAGAAUCACAAGCGAAUACAUGGUUGUUGCUAUUUUAAGCCGCUAUGAUUUGGGAUGAUUUGUUACUCAGCCAGAGCUCCCUGAAACAAGCUUUCUGAGAUCCUUUCACUGUACAUUUUACGGAUUCACUCAUCUCAGCCCCACGGUCGCCCUGUGUGGGACUUUGGUUAUUCCUGUCACACAGAGGAGAAAGCGAGAGCACAGAGAAGCUAACAGGGUUCUAACAAGCUACCCGGCUCAGAGUAAAUACUGAGUGUGCGACUGCGUUUAUGCCUCAGCUUGAAAUGCCCGUAAUCGGUAAAAAAGGGGCAGUGAGAUGAAUACGAGUAGCCCUAACCUGCUUCUUAGUGCUUCCAAGGCUCCGUGUCAUUGUCACAGGAUGGGGAUUCUAAUAAUAUUCGUCUCAGGGUCUGCCAGAGCAUGUGCCUAACACGACGCUAAUUCCUGGGCAGCACACAGCCAGGGUUCUCAUGGACAGUGGCCUGUCUUGGGGGUUCUGGUGGAGAGACCGGCAGGUCCUUGGUGAUGCAGCCAAAGUGCUGGGUCAGGCCUCACCCAGCGUGAGCAGAGUGAAUGACUUUUGGACUUUCCCAUGAGACUUUUGGACAGUCUCAUUUAUGCCAAGUUACAUUGGGUUUUCUAUUGCGUGGAACCAACAUCCUAACUGAUUCUGGGUGUUCAUUUAUCUGUUUGUUGACUCAUCAGAUGUUGAUGCACUUACUUGCAUCCAAACACUGUUUUAGAGGCCAGUAUUAGAAUAGUAAACAAGGUCUUGGAAAGCCCUGUCCUUGGUGGAACUUCUGAUCUCAUGGGGCAGGUGGAUGCUAAGGAAAUCAGUGUUGAUGAUAAGAGCUUGGAAGGUUGGUGGUGUGGGAGGGGUGGAGGAGAGGAGGGGUAGAGAGUGACAAGCUCUGUGAUGAAAUGUUAAUGCAGGAGAGACCUCCCCAAAAGGGAGGAAGCCAGCUGUGCAUAUGUUUGCUAAGGAGAUUCCAGGGAAAACAAGAGGCUUCAAGGCACGCGGGGUGUGUUGGAGGAGCAGGAAGGAGUGAACAGGACCAGAGUGAACCAGUGGGAGGGAAGGGGAUGAGGGCCCAGGGCAUGCAGGCUUGAUGGGCAGACUUGAACUCGAUUUGCAGCGAGGUAGGCAGGCAGGCAGAGCAUUUUGGGCUCAAACACGAUGUGAUCUAACAUAGGAUUUCUCUGGCCACCCUGUGGGCACCAGGAUGGAAGCAGGGCUCCGCUGUGAAGGCUACUGCACUAGCCCAGCCAAGAGAUGGUGGUGGCCUGGCCAGAGGUGUUGUCAAAUUUCAGAUAUUAUUUGAAGGAAGAGUGGGCAGGAUUGGGGUUAUACAGGUUUGGGGUGAGGAAGAGGAGUCAACAACUCUAAGGUUUUUAGCCUGUGCAGAGAGAGGAGGGUGUGCCCAGAACUGUGUGAGGAAGGCCCAGAGAGGCUGUGGGUCUGAUCAGCGUCCCCAUGGCCUUGCCGAGCACGUGGGAUAUACAAGUCUAGCAUUCGGGGGCUGGAUCUGGGCUAGAGAUACAAACGUGGGGGAGUCACUGCCAUCUUCGUGGCAUCGAGAAUGAGGUUACUAAGGGAGAGUGGAGGUGGAGAUGGGGUCUGGGAGCCAGAGCAGGAGUCCACGGGGAGUUGCUGCAGGAAUCUGGGUGAGAGACCCCAGUGGCCUGCACCAGGGCAGGAGCAGGAGUGAGCAGCGCGCUGGAGGCGUUUUGAAGACAGAGCCCGUGGUGGAUUGGUCAUGGGGAUGAUGGAAAGAAAUGGAAUGGAGGCUCAUGAGAGCAGGGUAGAGUCCGAACAUAGGGCAGGGACUCUGCUGUCUUCCUUUCCUUGGGCCCUGUGGUCCCUGCAGUCCCUCUGUCCCCAUUCCAAAUUCUGCAGACAAGAAGUGGAUUGGGGUCCGGUGUCCAACGCUGGUCCACCUGCUGGAGCUGGAGCAUUGCCACAGUGAUGUCUGUGUGCCGGGAGGGGCUGUGGACUGCGCGGUCACCUGCAGUAUUCCCAGUUGACUGUUUCUGACAGUUGGCGUCUGGAGGGCAGGUGUGUGGGCAGAGGGAAUGAUUUGGCCCAUUUGGUAGGUUGGGGGGACAGACCAUCUGUGUAGCCUGAGAUGUGUCCUGCAUUGGGUGAAUGGGGCAGGGGAGACCAGGAAGGGGGGAUCUGGCAGGCUCUGGGCUCAGAAGGGACAGGGUCGGGUUGAGAGAAAUGAUGGGGGCCCAGUGCAGCUUCUGGCACUGCCAGCGUUCCCAGAGUAGUCAGGAAGGCACUCAUCAUACCACAGCAGCCUCGGGAGGCUGGGGGUGGCGGGAGCCCGAAGAAGCACGUGACCCAAUCCGAGGUACCAGGAGGGACUUCGCCAAGCAGAGACAAAUGAGGCAAGAUAUGACAAGCCUGAUGAAGGCAGCUAGGGACUCCGCUGUGGCAACUUCGCGCCAAGUCAGCAGAACAUAGACUUUAAAAUUGUUUUUAUUUAGUAACUUUGGAUUUACAGAAGAAUUGCAGAGAUAGUACAGAGAGAGACUUCCCAUGUGCCCACCUCCCCCUCAUGCUAACUAACUCCUUACAGGACCGCAAACGUACCUUCGUCAAAACUAAGAGAUGAAUGUUGGUUAGUGCUAUAUUAACAGAACUCCGGACUUUAUUCAUAUCCCACCCGUUUUCCCACUAACGUUCUUUUUCUGUUCCAGGAUCCAAUCCAGGAUACCCCGUUGAGUUUGUCCGUCAUGUCUCCUUGGUCUCUUCCAGUCUGUGACAGUUUCUCAGUCUUUCCUUGUCUUUCAUGACCUUGGCAGAUUUGAGGAGUACUGGUCAGGUAUUUUGUAGUGUGUCCCUCAGUCUGGGUUUGUGUCCCAUCGGUUCUCCCAGUUAGACUGGGAUCACAGGCCCGAGGAAGAGUCCCGCUCAGGCAGGGGAGGCUCGUUUCUUGAAGGAGGCAUCCCCCAGGGCUCUGCCCUUUCCUCGCUGUGUGUGUCAGUAGCAAGUCGCAGAAUCCAGCCCACACUCGAAGGGAGGAAAAUUCCAUUUCGGUUCCUGGGGGAGAAAAUGUCGAAGACUUUGUCUUCAUGUAUGAAAACCACCACAAUAAUUAAUGAAUGUGGGAAGAUACUUUGAGGCUGCACAAUUGUCCUGUCUCUCCUCAAAGUUCCUCCCCCUGAUUUUGGCAUCCAUCAGUGGACCUUGCCUGAGAUGGUUAUUACGGUGCUGUUUGUUUGGGGUUUUUGUUUUGUUUUAAUUGGCUCUACACCCAAUGUGGGGCUUGAACUCGACCC